CUGACGGCAUGUCGUCUCGCUUGCUGCUGCUGUGCUGCAUGAUGCUGCAGUUAUGCGGCGCUAGUCGGGUAGUGCUACAAAACAACGGCUACAAGAACGUCGUCGUGGCAAUCGAUGAGUCUGUCUCAUAUACCACAAGUGCACAACUCAUUCCGGCGAUCAAGACUGCGUUCACGGAGGCAUCACACUAUAUCUACACGGCCACAGAACGAAGGGCAUAUUUUCGAGAUGUGCGCAUCGUAGUACCGAGCUCAUGGCCACCAUCCGACGAGUAUGCAACUGCAGUAUGGGAGACAUUCGAGACUGCAGAAGUGAGGAUAGGAAAUCUAGAUCAGGUUGAUCAAGCAUUCACCAGGCGUUCCAUCGGUUUGUGCGGUCGACAAGCAGACUACAUUUUCUCCACGCCCGGACGGUUUACAAGAGUCGAUCAGCAGAGCAACCCUGCUGGUCGCAUGUUGGUGCAUCAAUGGGCGCAGUAUCGAUGGGGUGUCUACAAUGAACACCCAACUUCACUGUGGCAACUCUACUCUUACAUGCCGGACGGCCAAUUUGAGGCGACCAGAUGCACGUCAGACAUCAAAGGCGACAUUGUACACUCUGAAUACGGAGGAAACUGUCACCCAACUACAGCAAGCGAUGAAUGUGGAUUCCGACCAACAAGUGGAGGAGAUAGCUCACAGGCAUCUGUCAUGUUCUACCAACAAAUAAACGAGAUUACUAAGUUUUGUGGAAGCGAUGCAGCAGUACCUCACAAUGAGGAGGCAAUAAAUGACCAGAAUGUAGUGUGUAAUUAUAGCAGCACAUGGGACGUUAUUCUCAAUCAUUAUGAUUUUGAUGGUGGUGCAAAUUUACCGACGAGCGUUCGUUUGCGCUCAUCUGUUCUAACACCAACAUUCAAAGUCGUCCAAGCACAACAGUUUGAACAGAUAGUGUUGGUCCUAGAUGUGUCCGCCAGCAUGCAGCUAGAUGGGCGGUUAGACCGUGUGAGGAAUGCAGCAUAUUCUCUUAUUCAAAUAGUACCUGUAGGAACACAAAUUGGUAUUGUCUCGUUCAAUGAGCUUGCUCAUGUGAACAUCAAUCUAACAGAAGUAAGAGGGAACCAGGCACGUCAGCUUCUCUAUGAUGCUCUUCCUACUAUGGCAAGUGGGACAACAAGUAUUGGUUCAGGCUUACAAGCAGCCGUUGAACUGAUAAAACAAAACAACAAUGGAGCAGUAGUAGGAGGCUGCAGCGUAUUUGUCAUUAAUGAUGGAAACGAAAAUGCUGACAGUUCAAUCACAAUUGACUCGGUAUUUAAUGAUGUGGUAGUCAGUGGAGUGCGCAUCUUUCCCAUUACAUUGGCUAUAUCAGGAAGUACACGUACUGACAUAGAUACAUUCCGGAAACUUGGUAAUCUUGCCAGACAAACAAACGGUUACCAGUACUUGGUACCAUUAAAUAUUCAGAGCCAACAGCAGACGAUCCUGUGCGAAUCGUUGAUAUCUGCAUGUGAACUGGCUCUACAGAGACACAGACAACCCAUCCAACUCCUUCAGCAGUCAGUGUCUGUGUCCUCUUCUGUGCCUGUUCAGCUGAAUGUUACUGUAGAUUCACAUUCCCAAGCAAGCUGCUAUUUCCAAUUUACAGCAGAAAAGUACAUCAAUGAACUGAAAGUUGAAAUCACUGAUCCAACUGGAUCAGUCUCUGAUAUGAGUAGUAUCACUGAAGUGCCGGAGUUUGCUCUAAUGACCUUUAACGUCGACAAUGCCAAGGUUGGGGUCUGGAAAGUGCGUCUUACAUCCAGCUUGGUGUCUCGAUCUAUAAUAGUUGCAGUCAGCAUCGUAUCUCACCAAGCAAGAAUAACAAAUGAUCCAAUCAUUGUGACAGCCGACGUAAGUGAUCGGGACCUGUCUACUGGCACUGUACCAGUCAUAUCCGUAGCAGUCAAGGCAGGAGAACGAGGUGUUGCAGACGCAAUCGUAAUUGCAUAUGUUGUACUGCCUUCAGGUGAGACAAGAGAGUGGAAUCUCUAUGAUAGAGGAGCAAAUCCAGAUCAUGUUGCUGCAGAUGGAGUGUAUAGUGGAUACUUUACCGACCUCAGGAAACGAGGUGAAUACAGUGUAAGGGUUGCAGUGAGUGCCACACAAAGUUCAGUCACAGUACUACCUUCAAAGUAUGUGGACACGGUAGCUUUGUACUACACCAACCGUCAAAUAUCUGAGUACUCUGAAGAUCGACGACAAGUGGCAGAACAAUUUUCAAGAGUUGUUUCUGGAGGAAUGUUCUUAACUGAAUACAGCCAGCCAGUCGAUCAGUAUCCACCCUGUCGCAUUACUGACUUAAGGAUUGUGAGUGUAAAUUACAACACAUCUCAGAUAACUCUGUCUUGGUCAGCACCAGGGGGGAACUACGAUAGAGGCACCAUCCAAAAAUACUAUGUCAAAUAUGCAGUGAACGACCCGUCUGCUCUAAGAAAAGACUUUAGUUCACAGAAGUCAUUGCCUCAGUCAUGGAUUGUGGAUGGCACUCAUUCUAUUCUUAGAAGUCAAAGACCUGCCGCACAGAUGGAAUAUCUAAACAUUACGGUUCCGCACCGAGAUGACGUGACAUAUUACUUUGCUGUUGCCGCUGAAAACAUCAUUGGUUUUGUAGGACCUCCAUCUCCCGUUGUAGGGAUUGCCUUACUUCCUCUGCAAUAUCCAUUACAAAUUAAUAGACAAGAUAGCUCUUCCAUAUUUAGCACUGGAGUUAUUGCAGCAAUUAGUGCUAGUUGCGGUGUUGCUUUACUGGUGCUAGUCAUCAUCCUACUGCUCUGUCUCAAACGGCGACGUAGAGAGUCGGUCAAGAGUGAUGAUGAAGAAAAACUGGAACUAACUAGCAAAAAGACCAGCAAUUCUAGUACAAUAUCAUCGAAUACUAGUGGAUCUAGAAAGGACAAGAGAGAGAGGCGUGCUAAGAAGAAAAAAUUGGCUAAAGAUGAUGAUAAAGAGGACAUGAUUGCUGCCGAUGUAGUCAGUCAAGUGACUGAUACAACCUAUGUGAACACAACAGUUAGUGAAUGUGACCUAGAAACACAUCAAAAACAGCAUGCACUGGACAAUGAAGAAAUGGAGUAUCAGAAACAAGUGGAAACUGUACAGGUGCCAACACAAUCAAAAGAGCGAAAUGAACAUGUCGUUAUCAGUGAAUGUGACCCAUAUACUGAUGUUAAGUACAAGACACCAUCUGUACAAGAAAGUAAAGUGCCUGAGCAAGGCACACAUACAUAUGAAGAACUGUCUCCCCGAGCAGUGGAUCCAGAAUAUGAUCAUGUUCAACACACAAAUAUGCAGCAAACAGAGAACCAGCAGGAAUUGAUACAACAGCUCAAACAACCAGUACAAACAGAUCUGCAACUACAGAUUAUAGAGAGCGAAACAAAAUUAAGUGAGCUGGUAGACAGUAUAAAAGAGCAACCAACGAAUCUUGAAUGGGAGCCUACUUCCCAAGAACUGCAAGAACAUUUGGCAACUAAAGAAGAAACAAGCAAACAGGAGAGUACAACUAGUGAGGUGAAGGGAAACAAUAGUCUUCAACAAAGUCAUGACUCACAAAAUGAGGAUACAAAUGAAACAGAGAUACUCCACCAUGCACUGGGUGAGGUAACACAAGUAAACAUUACUGAAGCUGGGGAGAGUGAUAAUGAAUGGAAACAAGAAACAUGUCAUUCCAGUCAAACUGACAAGAAAGAGAGUCAGUCUGAAACAGUAACAAGCACUCUUCAAACUGAAACCAAUAAAAAAGCAGCUGUAUUGGACAAUACCACGCAACUAGAUGAAGGACACACAGCUGGACAGGUUGAACAACAGAAAACAUUGUUACCCAAUAGUCAAUCAGAAGAAAACACCACUGCAGCAGCAGCAGCAGACCCAUUUACAUUCCCCAUAGCACUGCAAUCUGAGCAGCCGGCACCAGCUGCAGAGUUACAUCAUAACAAGGAGAACAAGACAGAUGUAAAUACUGAGUUAGCAGUUGCAGGGACGGUGGUUGUGAAUGAUGAGGACGAAGACUGUAUCCCUAGUGUAGCCCGGCUAGUUGUACUGAGUCCAAAAGAAGGGACACCUCCAAAGGACAUCAACAUCAAUAUUGAACCGACUGUUUCUCCUGGACACUCUGAACAAGGAAGUGCUGUUGAAGAUCACUAUGUAGUGAGUGACUCUCCCAGUCGACUUUCUCUAGACAGUGCAGAAAUUACUGCAAUAGAUGAAGUGAGCAAUGAGGACAUUUCACCAGUUACAGCUACUGAUGGUGAUGACAAGGUAGAACAAAGCAAUGAGACAAGCAACAAGGCAAUGGAAAAUAGAGAGACAGACAGUCAGUUAGUUGAUGGAGAUAAAACGACUGUAGAGCAGAAGACAGACUCAAACAUCCUAUAAUCAUAUUUGACAGUAUACUAUCGAGUUAGCAUGAUUGCUGGGUAUUAAAACAAGACUGGUAUUAUCUCGCUCAAAGUUGAACAGGUGUGCAUGUGUAAACAGAAAACCAUUGAUUUGAAUCUUUUGAAUAUGAAUAAAUAAAAAGUCAUCAAAUGCACUAGAUAAGUUUGUUUUGAAGAGCUGAUUGAUCGUCAACUUCUGAUUUGCAAGCCUAUACUCAUUAGUCACAUUUCCUAUGGUUGCCACUUCCCAUCACUUUGUAAGCCUAGUCUCUCACAUAAGUAAGUAACUAGUCAAACAACACCCAUAAG